UAAUUAAUUCCAAUAAUUCGCGGUAUUUUUCCCCAGCAUUUGCCGCCCUUCUCCUGUCCCGGUGUCCCCUGUUGCAAAUGCCAUUAUGCCACUUAAAGCCAAUAUUGUUUGGAAGAACCAGCUUAAAGACAAAGAUGGAGGAUCGCUACGCAUUUAUGACAUUGCUUUCAAUCCUGAUGGUAGUCAUCUGGUCGUUGCUGCUGGUAACAGUAUUCAAGUUUUUGAUGCUAAAGAUGGCACAAUGAUUAAUAAACUUAAUGCUCACAAAAAUAUAGUGCAUGGUCUCACUUAUUCUAGAGAUGGAGCAUUUUUUGCAUCCGGAAGUGCUGACAAAACUGUUAUUAUUUGGACAAGGGAAUUAGAAGGACAGUUAAAAUAUUCGCAUGCAGAUGGCAUACAGUGCUUGGCCUACAAUCCAGUUUCUCACCAAAUCCUGAGUUGUGCUACCAGUGAUAUUGGUUUAUGGUCACCUGAACAUCGAAAUGUUGCUAAAAGAAAGGUAUCCUGUCGUGUUUGUUCCUGUAGCUGGACUAAUGAUGGGCAAUACUUUGCACUUGGUCUUUUUAAUGGCCUUGUGUCUAUAUGGACAAAGAAUGGAGAUGAGAAAAUUAAAAUUGAAAGGCCUGGUAAUCACCCUGUAUGGUGUUUAGCCUGGAAUCCAUCAAGGGAUGAUCAGUAUGACAUUUUAUCAGUUUGUGAUUGGGGUCAAAGACUAAGCUUUUAUCAGCUCAGUGGGAAGCAAAUUGGAAAGGAUCACCCUUUAGACUUUGAUCCUUGCUUUUUUACUUAUUCUGUUGAUGGAGAUUUCUUUUUAAUUGGCGGCUCCAACAAAUCCACUUGUCUCUUUUCCAAAGAAGGUAAUAAAUUGGGAUUAUUAGGAGAAACACAGAACUCAUGGAUAUGGUCUUGCCAGUGUCGACCUGGUGGCAAAGAGGUAGUCAUAUCAUGUGAUGAUGGCACAAUUGCAUGUUACAGUGUCACUUUGGUUACUGUCCAUGGACUUUAUAAAGAUAGGUAUGCUUAUAGACAUGGAUUAACUGAUGUAGUUGUUCAGCAUUUGCUAUCUGAGGAAAAGGUUCACCUCAAGUGCCGAGAUAUGGUGAAAAAAAUUGCAGUUUACAAAAACCGUUUAGCAGUACAACUUCCAGAUAAGUUAAUUGUGUAUGAGCUUUCUACAAAUGCAAAAAGUGGAGAUAUGACUUACUUUGUUAAGGAGAAAAUAAGUCGUAGUUUGCAGUGUAGUUUGUUGGUUUGUUGUAGCGAGCAUAUUGUGUUUUGUUCUGAUAAAAAGCUUCUUUCACUAACUAUGAAAGGAGAAAUUGAAAGGGAGUGGGUAGUAGAUAGCCAGAUUCGCUACUUAAAAGUGCUUGGAGGUGCUUCUGGUAAUGAAGCAAUGUUAGCUGGGCUCAGAAAUGGCCUGAUUUUAAAGUUUUUUCUUAAUAAUCCUUUUCCUGUUGAAGUUUAUAGAAUUCCUGGUGUUGUCCGAUGUGUUGAUAUCAAUUUAAAUCACUCAAAAUUAGCCGUAGUUGAUGAGAACAAUCUCCUUGUGGUUUAUGAUCUAAUGAAAAAAGUACUAAUAUAUCAAGAACCCAAUGCAACGAGUGUAGCUUGGAAUACAAGUUUCAAUGACAUGUUGUGUUAUAGUGGCAAUGGUAUACUUUAUGUCAAAGCUGGUAAUUUUUUACCACAUCAACAGCAAUUGCAAACUGGGCAAGGAUUUGUAGUAGGAUUUAUUGGCUCUAAGAUAUUUAGUCUUCAUUACUUUAACAUGACUACUACUGAAGUUUCUCAGAGUGCUACAAUGAAGCAGUACCUUGAACAACGAAUGUACUUUGAUGCCUAUAAAGUAGCCUGUUUGGGUGUUUCACAGAAUGAUUGGCAGACUCUUGCUCUUGAAGCAUUAGAAGGAAUGAAUUUUGAAAUUGCAAAAAAAAGUUUUGCCAGAGUUCACAACAUCAAGUUUCUAGAGCUAAUACGUCAAAUGGAGAUCAAGCAUAAAGAUUCUCAAGGUGAAGGAGGAAUGGAGUCUUUCUUUGGAGAUAUACUUGCGAAUGAAGGAAAAUUCCUUGAUGCUGCAAAGGUGUACUGUAAGAGCAAUUUAAACGACAAGGCAGUUGAAAUGUAUACUGAUCUGUGUCAAUUUGAACUCGCUAAACAAUUUAUGAAUGAGCCUGAUAAAAUGGAGCAGAAGUCUGUAGUUGUAAGGGAGCUGAAGGUAAAAGAAGCUGAUUGGGCGAGAACUAAAAAUGAUCCUAGCAAAGCAUGUGAUAUGUAUUUGUCAGCUGGUGAAUACAUGAAAGCUGUCACACUAAUGGCUGAUAACAGCUGGACACAAAAGCUACUUGAGUUUGGCACUUCUGUCUCCAAGACUCAUAAAGAGCCACUGAGCUUAUGUGCUUAUCAUUUGAAAAGAUUAGGGGAGUAUAAUUUUGCAGCUGAUAUUUAUGAAAAAUUGGAGGAUUAUUUUUCCCUUGUGGCUCUGUAUGCUGAAACACACCAAUGGGAAAAAGGUUUUGAUUUGGUAGAGGGAAAACCAGAGAUUAAGGAUUUAUUAUAUUUGCCGUACACGACAUAUCUAAUGGAAAAUGAUAGAUUUGAAGAGGCCCAAGAAGCUCUUAGUAAAGCUGAGAAGCAAAAUGAAGCAGUAUCACUACUUGCUCAGUUAACUUCAAGUGCAUUAUCAAUGAAACGAUUUAAAGAUGCUAGUUACUAUCAUUGGCUACAAGCAAAAGCUUAUUUGAAAGAAGCUAAACAGCUUUCUGAAGGUAGCGAAGCCAUGAAAGAAUCUAUAUACAUGUUUCACUGGCACAUCAAAAAUUCAGAAAUUUAUUAUGUUUACCAACAUAUUCAUUCAUUCAUUAAUUUACCAUUUACUGGCCAAUUGCCAGAGACGAUGUUUCAUAUGGCAUGCUUUCUUGCAAAUCACUUAACAAACAACACUCCUCCUAAAGUUUCUAAAGUCUAUACAUAUUUAACAUUGGGGAAACAUGGCACAACAAUUGGAGCAAACAAAACAGCUCGUUAUGCUUAUGACAAACUACAAAAUUUUCUUGUUCCAUCUGAUUUUCAAGAUUUUAUUGAUACAGCACAAAUGAUAUUAAAGGGUAAAUCAUUGCAAGACACUGAGGAUGCUUUAAGAUUCUGCUAUCGCUGUUCUACAUCAAAUCCUCCAAUUAAUCCUGAUGGUGACUUUUGUGUGACUUGCAGUCAGCCAUUUUUAUACUCCUUUGCUUCUUUUGAAGUAUUGCCUUUAGUUGAGUUUUUCCUGGAAGAUGGUAUCAGUGAUGAAGAAGCAUUGGAACUCAUUGCUGCAGAGCCACCCACUGAAGACAGUGAAAAUAUUCUCAAGUUAAAUGAUGCUAAAAAUGAUUUAUUUGUCCAAAGGCUAAUGAUGAUUGAUGACAAUGGGGACUAUCCUACAGUAACUGUCGACAGGGGCACAUUGGCAAGCAUGCACCGGACUGCUGUCAUUGUUAAAAAGUGGCCCUUUCCCCUGAAGUACCAGUACUACUGUUCUCAAGUACCCAAUGUCCCAAUUAGACUUUGCUCAUCAUGCAACCAGAUGUUUUAUUCUGAAGAUUAUGAGUUACAUGUCCUUUGUAAUGGUCAAUGUCCAUUCUGCAGACAAAAGACUUUUUAAUAACUAGAUCAUGAUAACAGUAUCUAUAAUAAGACAGUCAUUAUACAUAAAGCUAUGUUUUUAUGCGAGCUAAAAUGACUUCAAGUUCUUCUUUAGAAUA